GGGUGGAGAUAAUAUGGAGGAGUUUCCGGCAGGCCCCGGCGGCUGAAAGCCGGGGCAGGAUUCCUGGUCCUUGCUCGGGUUCCUGUCUCGGUCCCGAGGAGGCGGCGGGUACGUUAGGAGGGAGGAGGUGUUGGACGCGCUGGCGCACCCUCACUACACAUUGCAGCCUUAUCUCAGCUCAAAAUGAAUUAUAUGCCUGGCACCGCCAGUCUCAUCGAGGACAUUGACAAAAAGCACUUGGUCCUGCUUCGAGAUGGAAGGACGCUUAUAGGCUUUUUGAGAAGCAUUGAUCAAUUUGCUAAUUUAGUGCUACAUCAGACUGUGGAGCGUAUUCACGUGGGCAAAAAAUACGGUGAUAUUCCUCGAGGGAUUUUUGUGGUCAGAGGCGAAAAUGUGGUCCUACUAGGAGAAAUAGACUUGGAAAAGGAAAGUGACACACCCCUCCAGCAAGUGUCUAUUGAAGAAAUACUAGAAGAACAAAGGGUAGAACAGCAGACCAAGCUGGAAGCCGAGAAGCUGAAGGUUCAGGCUCUUAAGGAUCGAGGUCUCUCCAUUCCUCGAGCAGACACUCUUGAUGAGUAUUAAGUCUUCUGCUCAGAGGCUACUUCUUUUGGGGAACAGGGGCUAUCACUGAAUGAAUGUGGUAUUCUAGCCACUUCACACAUUUAACUAGAGACUGGAGAAUUUUGAAAAGACAUUUUUCUUUUGAAUUCUUUCACAUAUAUACAACAUGAAGAAAUCAUGUGGCUUUUUUUUUCUAUUUAAUAACAAAGUCAUUAUUUAAAAGAACAGUGGGAUGGACUCCUUUCACCAAUCACUGUGGAGCCAGCAACUACUUCUUUAUAUUGCUCUUCUCAGCCCAAAUUAGAGUUUACAAGGGACAUUCUUUAUUUGCUUGUAAAUAAAAUAUGAAUCUCAAAAUUGUCA